AUGUUGGAUAGCUCAAUCGAGGCCCAGAACGAGGAAGUGCUUGCCGCGAUUGUGAUACUGAGACAGUAUGAGGAGAUGACCGAUACUGACUUCGGCGUCCACCUAUCCGGCAGCUCCAAGCUCUUGAACUCAAUGUUCAGCUUGGCGAGUGAGGGCGGUCUCGGCGAGGCAGCGAGCUGGGUCGUCUUGCGGCAGGACUAUUGGGUUGCAUUGGUCAACUCUCAGCCUCUCAGCAUCAAUCUGGAUAGCUACAAGGGUUCAAGCUCAUUCUUCCGAGUUGAGCCGGAGUGCCUAGCCAACCGCGCGGUCUUUUUGUGUGCUCAGGCCUGCGCCUACGCCUUCCAGCCAACGGCCACUAGGGACUUUGAUAGGUGGAAUACGCUAAAUCAGGAACUCGCAGAUUGGCUCAUCUCGAACCCUUGGCACGCUGAUCCCCUCUGGGUCGAGCCGCCUCAUCAGACUAGUGCCAACGGUUCCGUGUUCCCGGCAGUCUGGAUGACGCAUCCCGCACAUGGUAGGUUCUGA